CUAGCUGUGGUUUUGGGGGAGGAUGGAGGAGGGCCAAUUCACUGCGGGGGUGUAGAAACAAAGCAGAAAGAGAGAGAGAUGGCGGAAGAAAGAUAUAAAUCUAUUUUAUUACAUAUAGAUGUUUAGGUUAAGAUGUUACUAUUUAUACAAGUAGUUGUGUCUUUUGAAGUCUGUGGGGAGAGAGACAGAGAGAGCGCGAGAGAGAGAGGAGGGUGCUUCCUGUGUGAACUCUCUGGUAAGAGGAAGUAAGGCACGUCGGGAGGGGCCGCUACCGGGGCUCUUCCUCCCUCCACGCUGCUCUUCCCUCCCUGGGUCUGUAGCUUCCGAACAAACAAGAAAAGAGACCCACCGCACCGCACCGCACCGCGCGCCCAGAGAGGUCACUUUCUCCCCUGCAGCGCAGGCAGCUGAUUACAGGCCAUCUAUAGACUAGAGCACCGUCACAGCGGCAGGACCAGGAGAGAGAGAAGCGGAGUGACUGAAAUCUGACUGGCCUUUGAUCCCCAGAGUGACGCCACUAGAGGACAUGGACCAGGUACAGCUGGAUCACGUGAAGAUCGGGGACGAGAAAUACGUCACCAAGAAGUCGCUGCUGUCUCAUCUCCGAACUUACAACAUGUACUAUGAAGGGGAGUCACUGCAGCUUCGUCACAGAGAGGACGAGGGAGAGCUGAUCGUGGAGGGCCUGCUCAACGUCUUCUGGGGGCUGCGUCGGCCAAUCAGGUUACAGAUGCAGGACGACCAGGAGCAAAUCAGAUCGCCUCCCUCGCCCCUCACACUCUCACCACUAGACAAGGCAGGCUUGUCCAGGAAGGAACGCCUAAAGCACACUGCGCCGGCUAUAAGGGCCAUCAAGGCAGCGGAAAUGACAACAGAGGACUCCACUGAUGGGCAGGGGGAGUCCACACACAUCUUGAGGACAUGCAGUGACCUGGGGGGGCGCCGCCAGGUGGCCAAGCGCCGCAUACGCAGACACAGGUGCUCCAUCAACGGACACUUCUACAAUCACAAGACGGCGGUCUUUACUCCGGCCUAUGGCACAGUGACUAACGUGCGUGUCAACAGCUCCAUGACGACGGCUCAGGUGCUGCGCGUCCUGCUGAAGAAGUUUAAGAUCGAGAACAGUCCCGACGAGUUCACCCUGUACCUCAUCUACACCAGUGGAGAGCGUGUGCAGCUGAAGAGCUCGGACCAUCCCCUGGCGGUGCGCAUCAUGGAGGGACCCUGUGAACAGAUCAGCAAGCUCUUCCUCAUGGACACAGACCAAGUGGAGGAGGUGACACACGAUGUGGCACAGUACAUCAAGUUUGAGAUGCCAGUGUUGCAGAGCUUCAUCACCAAGCUCAAAGAAGAGGAGGACAGGGAGGUGGAGAAACUCAAAAACAGGUUCCGGUACAUGCGCUGUAUGAUUGAAAGACACAUGCAGACGCGACAGCCGCCCACCGCCUGUGUGUGAGCAGUCAUCAGCCC